ACUCUCUCCUUUUCUCUCUCUGAAAAGCCCAAACAUUUCAAACUUUCUCUGUCCCUCCCUUUUGACCCUCUCACUCUCUCUCUCUCUCUAGAUUCCUCUCUCUUUCUCUCUCUUAGGGUUUCUGCCAAGGAAAAGAUUCAGCUAAGCUCUAAUGGCAUUGUGAUUAGGGAGAAGCAAGGACAAGAAAGAUACUUCCCCGUAAUUAAUCAUGGAUCACUCAGAACAAACACUACAACAACAGCAACAGCACCAUCAACAGCAGCCUGCAGUUGGUGUCGUAGCAGGUUCUGGUCAAAUGACAUCCUAUCCUCCUCCUUCCUAUCAAACUGCUCCCAUGGUGGCUUCUGGAACUCCUGCCGUGUCUGUCCCUUCCCCAACGCACCCUCCCACCACUUUCCCUGAUCCGUCACAUCAGCUUGCCUACCAGAAAAUACAGCACUUUCACCACCAACAACAGGUGCAACAACAGAUGCAGCUUCAAGAGUUCUGGUCGGACCAAAUGCAAGACAUUGAGAAAGCAUCCGACUUCAAGAAUCACAGCCUUCCACUUGCUAGAAUUAAGAAAAUAAUGAAAGCUGAUGAGGAUGUUCGAAUGAUAUCUGCUGAGGCUCCAGUUAUAUUUGCGAAGGCAUGCGAAAUAUUCAUAUUGGAGCUGACUUUGCGCUCGUGGAUUCACACAGAGGAGAACAAAAGGAGGACAUUACAAAAGAAUGAUAUCGCAGCAGCUAUUUCAAGGACUGACGUCUUUGAUUUUUUGGUUGAUAUUAUCCCAAGAGAUGAGUUGAAAGAAGAGGCACUUGGCGUGACCAAGGCUACCCUCCCAGUGGUGGGUUCCCCGGCAGAUGUUCCAUACUAUUAUGUUCCACAGCAGCAUCCUGUGGGAGCUCCUGGGAUGAUCAUGGGGAAGCCAGUUGAUCAAGCAGCAAUGUAUGCUUCUCAACAGCCUCGACCACCUGUGUCUUUCAUGCCGUGGGCUCAGUCUCAACCUCAACAGCCGCAGCAACAGCAACAACAGGCCCAACAGCAGCAGACGGACACUUAAUGAUUCUGGCCAAAGCUGUUGUCAAAGCUGUUCCUGGGCAUAGUGUCUUAUCGUUAGUGAUGAGUUUUAGUACCGUUGGAUUAGUUGGCGAGUGUGACACUACACCCUAGUGGAUUGUGCAGUGCAGCUAAAGUUAGGUUUAUUGUGUAUGUGCUCUGUAUCGCUACUGAUUUGAAGUUUUAGCUUUUCGCGUGUUAUUUUCUCGGAUUUAGAAGUUUGAAAAUUGACUUAAUUUUUUAAGUGCUUUUGAUUGUUACCUGCUUUGGCUGCUGUAAGUUUCCUGUCCAUUAUUUGCCAACGUAUGUGAAUUGACCAGAAACCAAAUAUGCCUGGAUUCCACUUCU